AUGGCGGAGAUCAAGCCCACUCAAGCCGACAAGGAUGUUGCGCUGGGGGAGAAGGACGAGAAGAUGGGGAUGGACGUUGCCGUGGUGGAGAGCCAACAAACCCCUCAGAGAUCACCGAGAGAACGAGUCGCCCGCUUCACCAACUCCAUCUUCACGAGGAAGACUUUCAAUGAUACAGGCAGCGUUCUCUGGAAAUUUGCAAGAUUUGCGGGGCCGGGAGCAGUCAUCAGCGUGGCAUACGUCGACCCAGACAAUCUGCAGUCCAAUGUCACGGCUGGUGCUCAGUUCCGGUUCAAACUCUUGUUCAUGAUUCUUUUCUCGAAUGUCGUUGCUGUUUUCCUGCAGGCUCUGUCUACGAAGUUGGGAUGUGUCACGGGAAUGGACUUGGCUCAGAUGAAUCGCGCUUUUCUUCCUCGAUGGCUGAAUAUCGGUCUUUGGCUCAUGGCUGAGGCCUCGAUUAUUUGUACAGAUAUCUCACAGGUUAUCGGCACAGCAAUUGCCAUCAACCUCUUGAAUCCCAAAAUACCCAUCAUAGGAGGCUGCGCCAUAUCGGUCGCCGACACUCUCUUCAUCCUCUUCUUUUACAGACCAGAUGGAAGCUUGCGGAAACUCCGUCUCUUCGAGAUAUUCGUCUCCAUCUUCGUCAUUGGAAUCUUCAUCAUGUACUGCAUCGAGCUCUCCUACGUCUCAGCACCAGUCCGCGACGUCUUCCGCGGCUAUGUCCCAUCUCGAGAGAUUUUCGUUAGCGACGGAUUGUACGAAUCCUGUGCCCUCCUCGGCGGCACACUCAUGCCCCACACCAUCUACCUGGGCUCCGGGCUCGUCCAAGCACGGAUGCGCGAGCUCGACAGAAUCGACGGCCACCUCCACGAAGUCAAGGCUUCCGACUCCAAGUUCGCCAUCUCUUUAUACCGCCCCACGCUCUCCACAAUCAAAGCCUGCAUGUCCUACACCAUCGCGGAACUCUGCAUCGUGCUCUUCGUCGUCGCCGUGUUCGUCAACUCCGCGGUGCUCAUCGUAGCCGGCGCAGCCUUCACCCCAGAUGCCAGCGACGCCGACCUCCCUGGUCUAUACCAACUCUUCAACGACACGAUCGGGAACGGCACCGGCACGAUCUUUGCUUUGAGCUUGCUGUUUUCAGGAGUCAGUGCAGGCAUCGUGGCCACGAUGGCAGGACAAAUGAUCUGCGAGGGCGCAAUGAACUGGCGCAUGUCUCCGUUCCUCCGCCGCAUCGUCACGAGAACCGUGGCUAUCAUCCCCGCCAUGAUAAUCGCUGCCGCCGAAGGACAAGCCGGCCUCGCAGCCGCGUUGAAUGGCUGCAACGUGGUCCUCUCCUUGGCCCUGAUCUUCCUGACUUUCCCGUUAAUCUGGUUCACCAGCAGACAUAAGUAUAUGACGGUUAGGAUUGAUGAUAGCGCGGACCCGGUGGGGGUUGUGGAUGGGAUACUGUCGUAUAAUACGGAGAGGGCGCUGUGGAAUGAAGGGCAUUAUAGUGAGGGGACUAUUAGUAUGGCGAACAAUUGGACGACGACGAUUGUGGGGUUUGUGAUUUGGUUUAUCAUUGCAGCAAUGAACGUCGCUACGUUGACGUUCUUGGGGCUGGGGAUUGGUGGUGGCGACUAA